CUUCAGUCUAAGGGCUGGGGCUGAGGGAGAGAGGAGCGGAGGGCCCAGUUUGGCUCUAAAGAAAAAACAGUACCGUUUUGCACUUAUGGCUUUGUUGUAGUAACUGAAAUUACCAACAACAACUCCGUCCUUUUUCUGUAUUUGUGGAAGGAAAAGGACCUACAUUUUGUACUGAAAAGUCGACCGUUUUUUUUCUUUAGGAGCUUUGAGUAGCUGAGUGAGUGACAAUGGAGAUGAAAAGAUGGUCCACGAGGUGGAAAACGAAAAGGUGGCUGUGGGACCCCACUCUAACCACCAUCGUCACUAUCACUUUCCUUCUGCAAGCCGUACAUGUUAAAGCAGCUGACCCAGUGGAUGUCCUCAAGGCUCUGGACUUCCACAGCUCUCCGGAUGGCGUCCGUAAAGUCACGGGCUUCUGCUCUCACCGGAGAGGAUCUAAACCUGACAUAGCCUUCCGUGUAGGAAAACAGGCGCAGAUCAGCGCUCCCAGCAUGCAACUCUUUCCAGGAGGAGCGUUCCCAGAGGACUUCUCAGUGAUGUUCACCAUCAAGCCCAAGGCAGGCAGACAGUCUUUCCUGCUGUCUGUGUAUAACGAGCAGGGGGUCCAGCAGCUGGGUGUGGAGGUGGGACGCUCCCCUGUCUUCCUGUACGAAGACCAGCAUGGGAAACCUUCCCCAGAGGAUUACCCACUGUUCAGAUCCAUCAACCUCGCUGACGGCAAAUGGCAUCGUGUAGCCAUCAGUGUGGAGAAGAAGAGUGUGACCAUGAUUGUGGAUUGUAAGAAGAAGCUGAGCAGGCCACUGAAGAGGAGCGAUGGGGCAGCCAUCAACACUGACGGCAUCACCGUGUUCGGGACCAGGAUUCUGGACGAAGAGGUCUUUGAGGGUGACAUCCAGCAGCUGCUGAUUGUGGCCGACCCGCGGGCAGCGUACGACUACUGUGAACACUACAGCCCCGACUGUGAAACGCCUCACCAGGAGCAGCCACAGGCACAGGAACCAGAGGAUGAGUACAAUUCAUACGACCUGGAGUACAGUGAGGUCUAUGACUACAGUGAAGGAGGAGUGGCCACUGAAACUGCCCCAACCGAAGGAGCCAAACCUGCACCUGAGGCAGUUGCUGUGGAUGGAGAAUACACAGCCUACAACUACGGCGCGGUGGACAGCGUUCAACCGGCUGAGAACCCUACAGACUCAACCGCUCCAAUCCUGAACUAUGACGAGGAAAUAGUUGAUGAUUACAUCACAGGCGUGGAGAAGGUUGGCGCCGACCCUACGGCUGCCGCAGAAACCGGCUCAGACACCAAAGGUCCCGACCCCGGCGAGAACUCGUACGAUUUUAAGGAGUAUGAUCUGAAGGAAUACGGUGACACGAAGGAGAUCGAUAUGAAACAGACGUACGAGUAUGGGGAUUAUGGAGACUAUGGCACUGGCGAGGCCACACCCACCGCCUCUGUCUCGGCCUAUGAGGAUGAUUUUGGGCCGGGCAUACCCGCUGAGACCGAGACAGAGUCUAGUAUGGGAAGAGGAGGAUAUGGUGGUGAGAAGGGAGAGAAAGGAGAACCCGCCAUCGUUGAACCUGGGAUGCUGAUUGAAGGACCCCAAGGAGCCCCCGGCCAAGCUGUGAGUAUCACGGCCUCCCCCGGCUCCCCAGGCUCACAGGGUUCCCCUGGCCCACACGGAGAUCAUGGUGACAGGGGUCCUCCAGGACGGGCUGGUAUUCCUGGUUCGGAUGGAGUUCCUGGCCCUCCAGGUACCAUCCUGAUGCUGCCAUUCCGUGCUGGUGGAGAGGCACAUAAGGGACCAGUGGUCUCAGCUCAGGAGGCCCAAGCCCAGGCGAUCCUUUCCCAAGCCAGGCUCACCAUGAGGGGUACCCCUGGGCCAAUGGGAAUGUCAGGAAGAUCUGGGCCCGCGGGUGGACCAGGAGCUCAGGGACUGAAGGGAGAUGGAGGAGACAACGGACCUCAGGGUCCCAGAGGUCUGCAGGGUCCAACUGGCCCACCUGGGAAGGCAGGAAAGAGGGGACGUAAUGGAGCUGAUGGUUCCAGGGGUAUGCCAGGAGAGUCGGGGUAAGGUAUGUACAACCAGCAGGGGGACCGAGGAUUCGACGGGUUACCAGGUCUCCCGGGAGAGAAGGGACACAGGGGCGAGCUGGGUUCCAUCGGCUCUCCAGGUGCUCCAGGAGAGGAUGGGCAGAGAGGCGAGGACGGUGAGAUCGGACAACGUGGUCUGGCAGGAGAGAGCGGACCUAGAGGUCUGCUUGGCCCUAGGGGAUCACCAGGGACUGGUGGACAACGUGGUCUUGCUGGACUGGAUGGCCAAGCUGGUCCCAAAGGAAACCAGGGCCCACAAGGAGAGUCGGGGCCUGCCGGACAGCAGGGGAUCCCUGGAUCACAAGGUCUUGUUGGUCCUCAAGGCCCGAUCGGACCACCUGGUGACAAAGGACCGUCAGGUCGUCAGGGAUUGGCUGGUCUGGCUGGUGCCGACGGUCCUCCCGGUCACCCAGGGAAGGAGGGUCCUCCGGGAAUGAAAGGAGCGUCGUAAGGUCAUCCUGGUCCUCAGGGUUCUCUUGGCUACCCUGGCCCUCGCGGUGUCAAGGGUGCUGAGGGCGUCAGAGGUCUUAAAGGCGGCGGAGGAGAAAAGGGAGAGGAUGGUUUUCCAGGUUUCAAGGGUGACAUGGGCAUCAAAGGAGACAAGGGAGAGCUCGGUGUCCUCGGAACCAGAGGUGAAGACGGACCUGAGGGACCCAAAGGUCGAUCCGGCCCCAACGGAGAGGCUGGCCCCAUUGGGUCGGCUGGAGAGAAGGGUAAACUUGGUGUCCCCGGGUUACCCGGUUACCCAGGAAGACAAGGACCUAAGGGCUCCAGCGGGUUCCCUGGAUUCCUCGGCUCCAACGGAGAGAAAGGAGGAAGGGGUAUCGCUGGUAAAUCUGGACCCAGAGGACAACGUGGCCCAACGGGUCCCCGUGGUGGAAGAGGUGCCAGAGGACCAACUGGAAAGCCAGGUGCUAAGGGAACAUCAGGCAACGACGGACCUCCCGGUGGACCAGGAGAGAGAGGACCUCAAGGACCCCAGGGGCCAGUCGGCUUCCCAGGUCCUAAGGGCCCAAACGGGCCCCCUGGUAAAGACGGAAUGCCUGGUCACCCUGGGCAGAGAGGAGAGACAGGUUUCCAGGGAAAGACUGGCCCACCUGGGCCUGGAGGGGUUGUAGGACCUCAGGGACCAACGGGAGAGACCGGCGGCAUCGGAGAGAGAGGACACCCUGGUUCCCCUGGACCACCCGGAGAGCAAGGUUUACCUGGAGCUGCUGGGAAAGAAGGAGGAAAGGGUGACCCAGGUCCAAUGGGUACGUCUGGGAAGGUUGGCCCAGCUGGGCUCAGGGGCUUCGCUGGACAGAGAGGUCUUCCUGGGGCUAAUGGUCCAGCUGGUUUGAAGGGAGGCGAAGGACCACAGGGUGCCCAAGGCCCCGUCGGUUCUCCUGGAGAACGAGGUGCUGCCGGUCCUGGAGGUCCCAUCGGUCUAUCAGGACGCACUGGACCCCAGGGAGGCCCGGGUCCAGCCGGAGAGAAGGGGGGCCCGGGAGAGAAAGGCCCCAUGGGACCAGCUGGUCGUGACGGUAUCCAAGGUCCAGUUGGUCUUCCUGGCCCUGCAGGCCCACAGGGGCCCCCUGGAGAAGAUGGAGACAAGGGAGAGGUUGGUGAGCCUGGCCAGAAAGGAAGCAAAGCAGACAAGGGAGAACAGGGACCUCCUGGUCCAGGAGGUCUUCAAGGUGUCAUCGGAGCUCCUGGUCCUGCUGGUACUGAUGGUGAGUCAGGACCCAGGGGUCAGCAGGGUAUGUUUGGCCAGAAGGGAGACGAAGGAUCCAGAGGAUUCCCUGGGCUACCUGGGCCCAUCGGACUGCAGGGCCUGCCUGGUACAUCAGGAGAGAAAGGAGAGAACGGGGACGUCGGCCCGAUGGGUCCGCCUGGUCCUCCAGGUCCCAGAGGUCCCCAGGGUUCUAGCGGAGCUGACGGUGCCCAAGGCCCUCCUGGUGGAGUGGGUUCUAUGGGAGGUAAUGGAGAAAAGGGAGAGAGCGGUGAAGCCGGCAACCCGGGACCAUCUGGAGAGCCCGGUGGUGGAGGCCCCAGAGGAGAGACAGGGGAGAAGGGAGAGUCAGGACCACCUGGAGCUGCUGGACCUGCAGGGGCCCGCGGACCCGGAGGAGACGAUGGCCCCAAAGGCAACCCUGGUCCCGUAGGCUUCCCUGGAGACCCUGGUCCCCCUGGAGAGCCUGGAGUUGGUGGAUUGGAUGGCUUGGCUGGAGACAAGGGAGAUGACGGCGAGGCCGGUCAGCCUGGUCCAUCUGGUCCUUCUGGAGAAGCCGGGCCUCCAGGACCCCCCGGCAAGAGGGGACCCAUUGGACCAGCCGGUACUGAGGGAAGACAAGGAGAGAAGGGAUCUAAGGGUGAGGCUGGAGCCGAGGGGCCUGAUGGUCAGACUGGACCUGUCGGACCCCAGGGGCCCUCUGGUAAACCCGGACCCGAUGGCCUGCGUGGAAUCCCCGGCCCUGUUGGUGAACAAGGACUUCCGGGUGCCUCUGGAAUGGACGGACCCCCUGGACCUCUGGGGCCCCCUGGUCUCGCUGGUCUGAAAGGAACUGCUGGGGGCAAAGGAGAAAAGGGUCACCCAGGUCUGAUUGGUCUGAUUGGGCCGCCUGGUGAGUUCGGAGAGAAGGGAGACAGAGGCCUGCCUGGACCCCAGGGAACUGGUGGAGGCAAAGGAGACACUGGUGUUGGUGGUCCUUCCGGUCCUCUUGGUCCUCCCGGACCUCCUGGUAUUCCUGGACCUGUGGGCUCUAAGGGGUCCAAGGGAUCGUCAGGUGGAGCUGGCCAGAAAGGAGACACUGGUGUGAUUGGACCACCCGGAGCUCCUGGUCCUCCUGGUGACAUCAUCCAGCCGCUGCCCAUCCAGCAGGCGAGCAGGAAGAACAGACGCCAGGCGGAGUACGACGGCGUGCAGGGCGACGAGGCGGGAGGCAUGGCAGACUACGGCAUGGAGGCCACAGCGGACGUGGAGGACGUGUUCGGGUCCCUGAAUAACUUGAAGCAGGACAUCGAGAGGAUGAAGUUCCCCAUGGGAACACAGGACAACCCUGCCAGGACCUGUAACGACCUGCACCUCAGCCAGCCUGACUUCCCUGACGGUGAAUACUGGAUCGAUCCUAACCAGGGCUGUACUGGAGACUCCUUCAAGGUCUACUGUAACUUCACCACUGGAGGAGAGACCUGUAUCUACCCCGACAAGAAGUCCGCUGGCGUCAGAAUAUCUAACUGGCCAAAAGAGGCUCCAGGAUCAUGGUUCAGUGAAUUCAAACGUGGAAAGAUAUUGAACUAUGUGGACAUGGAGGAGAACACCAUCCAGACGGUCCAGAUGACCUUCCUGAAGCUGCUCAGUUCAUCAGCUCGUCAGAAUUUCACCUACAUCUGCCACCAGUCUGUAGCCUGGUACGAUGCCAAGGCAGACGGCUACGACAAGGCUCUACGCUUCCUGGGCUCCAACGACGAGGAGAUGUCCUACGAUAACAACCCCUUCAUCAAGGCCCUGUCGGACGGAUGCUCGCUGAAGUCGGGCUACUCUAAGACGGUGAUGGAGAUCAACACUCCUCGCGUCGACCAAGUGCCCAUCAUCGACGUCAUGUUUAAUGACUUUGGCGACCCCAGCCAGCGGUUCGGGUUCGAGGUGGGCCCCGUCUGCUUCAUGGGCUAGGACCUGACCAUCCCCCGAACCCCCCUCUGCCCUACCCCCUACAGAACAACAUGCCCCCCCCCCUCUGCCCUACCCCCUAUAGAUCAACAU